UCUGGGGCAGACUUGGCUUGGCUUGACUUGGGGUCGACCCCUGGCUGGCAGAAUCCGAAUCUUCAGAUUCGGCGGUAUUAUUGUGUGAUACGUUUUGCUUUCGCGUUUCUCUUCGAGUUCCUCCAGUUCCCCUGUUCUCUAGGUUUCGCAUGGUCGGCAAAUUACGUAGUUCAAACCUCGAGCGCGUCACACACCAUGGAAAAGAGUUCCUGUGACACCACAAGCGGCGAGUACAAUGUCCAAAUGUUCGAGGCAACCCCGCAGGCCAUAGCUGAUUCACUCUACAACAUCUACAUCGAUCGGCUAGAAGAGCAUUUGCAUUUACUGAAGGAAGUCGCACGAAAAAUACUCAAGAAUGACGCAGAGGAGAAGCUUGAGGAGAAGUUCGCCACAAUAAUUGAGAACAACGUUAAUGAUACUAACAAGCAGUUUGACCGUCUUGAGGUAUACCUGUCAUUGAAUGCCCUCAGUAUUCCUUCUCAUGUGUUGCUACCCGAGGACUGUGUACAUAGGUCACCAAAAGAGUAUUCUACGCUCAAAGCUGAAAUUGAUCAACUGAAAGAGGGUAUCAUGCAGGAGAAAUGUAGACGAGAAGCGCUUCUGCAAGAACUCGAACAACAGAAGGCAAUAGAACCGGAGCUUCUUGCGACUGCAGAGUACGUGCAGCAGCUCUGCGGUGUCCUGGAACCUUAGGAGAAACUGGUCUCCGGGCCAACAACGCCAAACUCUUUCAGCACCACCACUAACUAUUCCCUACGUGCUGAAGACACAGGUGCGAAUGAAGAAUCUUGGAGCCUUUUUUUUUUUUGUACUGUUUCCUUUGUCAUCCCUUCUUGCGAAAUAAACAUGUUCCUAUAAGAACUGUU